UGUAAAAAACAAAAAUGUGUGAGCCAAAAAACAGUUCUUACUUAGGUAAAAAUGAAGGACAUACAACACCCGACGUUUUGAUAGCGGGUAGAGAUGAAAGUUUCUUUCAGUCUCUAUUUGAGUUUAUUAAACACGAGAAACAGUACCUGCAGUGUCCACUAGAGGGCCCGGACGAACUUCACUACAUCAUCUACCGCUCUGUGUUCAAUAAGGUAAUUAGACGAGCGACAGCCUACAAAAGACUUCUGCUAACUAUAAAAGGGGAGUAUGAUGAUGUCAUCAGGGAGCUGCAGAGGAGGGAGGAUGAGGCCAUGGAGGAUCAACGAAAUCUUGUGGCCUCAACAUCACACCCCAAAUCCCUCAUAAUCUACCAGAGACGAGCUGCGCAGCUGAGGGAUAAACUCUCUGUCUUACAGAGGGAAACAGCUGAACUUCAAAAGGAGAUCAAGAGACACAAAUCACAUCAAGAGCAGGACACUUGGAUACCUGGUCUGACAGUUGCUCAGUCGGAGGACUCAGAGUCUCUUGAUCGACAUCUGAAACAUCUUGAAGCCCAGAAAGCCGCUCUACUAGACAGGAAGAGUAACUGUGUCCCUGUGGAGGUAAAAGCCGAGCUGGAUGUCAAGCUGCAGGCCUCAGAGCAGCACGGAGAGCAGCUGAGGACUGAAAACGACAAGCUGAAAAUCCUAUUCAUGCGAUUGAGAAUUGUGUUUGAGCGUUUGUCCAGCUGGGGGCAGCAGGUUCCUCUGGAGGAACUUCUGAGUAGCACAGUGGAGAACUUCACACAGAGCAGCAUAACCGGCGAUGACAACAGCAGCAUAGAGGUCGAGCUGUUCGAGGAUGAAGAGCCGUGUGGUGUCGACGAGUCCAAACACCUGACAGAAUACCUGGACAGGUUUGUUGAGCUCUUUGAUUCAGCUCAGUACGAGGAAGCUGCUCUCCAUGCUGCCAGGUCUCCUCGAGGAGUCCUGAGGAACCUUGACACCAUGAAUAUGUUUAAAGGUGUGUGUGGCCCCCCAAGGUCCGUCCCCCCUCUCCUGCUUUACUUCCAGGCCCUCCUGUUGACCCUCCCGUCUGGUGACAAGCUGUCGGCUCCUCUCGCCAAAGAGUUGGUCCUCUGUGCUCUGCAGCACGGUGACACACAGCUCGUCAACCACACCGUUACACACAACAAACUGACCUGCUCUGAGGAUCUGGGCGACAUCUUGUCUGAGCAUGCCCAGAAGAACCCCCGUGUGGCUGACUUGUGUCUGGCUUUGGCCACCGACGCGUACAAGGCCUGCAGGCUGAACAAGAAGACAGCACUGAGCAUGUGCAAAAGAGGCCUGGUCCACAGUGCUGCUGAGUUCAUGAACAACUGCAAGGAUCUAACAACUGAGGACUGUCUGUGGGUUCUGUAUCAAUCACCCAGUGUUUCCCUCCUCCAGCUGUUGAUAGAGUCUCAGCAGGGCCAGGCAGCCAUCUUGUCAGUGGGUGUGGUCCUUUCCACUCUGCUGGCAGACCCCCAGCAGCAGGAGCUUGCUCUGCAGCUUCUCGACAGCUUCGUCAGCAGAGGACGAGGGGUUUUUGAGGAGGUGAUCCUGGAGGACAGCAAGUCCUUAUUGGAUGAUUGGACCGACGUGGCUUCUACAUGCUCUGAGCUGAACCGGGCUGACCUGAGCCAGGUCAUCCUGUCCAUCCUGCUGGACCAGAGCGGGACCAGAGUCCUGUCCCCAGACCUGGAGGGAGCCGAGCUUGUGGAGCAUGUCUUCCUUUGAAAGAGCACAGCAGAAAGAGUCUUCUGCUUUCAGUUCCACCUCUCAUG